AUGAAGCACCCAGCACAAGUAUCACCACAAUCACCACCAACAGCAUCAAAAACACCAACAUCAAUCCCACCACCAAAUCUCCAAACCACCCUCCACAACGCCCUCCAAAACAGAGCUCUCCGCUCCUCCCGCCGCCAACUAACCACCCUCCCCCCCACAGCAAUCGACUUCUCCUCCAACGACUUCCUCUCCCUCUCCACCUCCCCCCUCUACCGCACCCGCUUCCUCAACCACCUGACCUCCGCCCCGCCCCGCCACCCCUUCGCCAGCGGAGGGUCCCGUCUUCUAGAUGGAAACUCGCACUACGCAGAGUCUCUUGAGUCCCAAGUCGCAGCCUUCCAUAACGCCCCCACCGGCCUUCUCUUCAAUUCCGGUUUCGACGCCAACAUAGGUGUGCUCGCCUGUCUGCCCCAACCAGGCGAUGUCAUUGUGCACGAUGAGCUCGUCCAUGCUUCCGCGAGGGAAGGUAUGCGUCUGUCUCGUGCGGGGCGAUGUUUGCCCUUCGCGCACAGCGACCCCAAGAGUCUGGAGCGCGUGCUGCUACACGAUCUGAGUGAGCGUGAGCGUGCCACCCGCAACGUCUUCAUCGUCGUAGAGUCCUUGUACAGCAUGGACGGAGAUGUUGCGCCGCUACGCGCCUUCGUCGGCGUCAUCGAUAGGAUGUUCCCCUGCGGGAAUGCGUACUUCAUCGUUGACGAGGCGCAUGCGACGGGGGUGUUGGGGCCGCGGGGUGCGGGCGUGGUGCAGGAGUUGGGACUGGAGGAGAGGAUGUUUGUGAGGGUGCAUACGUUUGGGAAGGCGUUGGGUAGUCAUGGGGCAAUCGUUCUCUGCUGUCCACUCACAAGAGAAUACCUCGUCAACUACGCCCGAAGCCUAAUAUACACCACAGCACUGGGCUUCCCUUUUCUCGCGUCCAUCCGGACCGCAUACGAGCUUCUCUCAGAAGGGGAGACCGAGCCAGCCCAAAAAACCCUCCACCGCCUCACGCACUACCUCAGCAAGCGUCUAGACGAGCUUACCACCUCUGUCGACCCUACUCUCUUCACAGUGGACCACUUCCCUGGAUCGCCUAUCUUCGCCCUGCGGAGUCCCGUCCCGCGACGCCUGGCGGAGGCGUGUCAGCGGGAGGGAAUCGUCGUGCGGGCCAUCAUGGCUCCGACUGUUCCUGUAGGGAGGGAGCGGGUGCGUGUUUGUUUGCAUGCGGGGAAUACGACGGCGGAGAUUGAUUUGUUGGUGGGUGUUAUUUGGAGGUGGGUGAGUGGGGGGGUUAGGUUGUAG